UUUCAUUAUUUAAUAGAUAAAUGAAAACAAAAGGUACAAAGAUAAUAUACGGGGAGUAGGUGUUUGCUUUUUUUGAACUCAGGGGCGUCAUCUCAUUCCUCUUGUCAACUUUGGGGAAAGGUGGUACCGCUAGGACUAAAAAAAAAUACAGAAAGUUUCUUGAAAGAGAGAAGAUCUCUUGAAAGUUUUUAAGGAUGAGGUGCCUGGCAAUCCUCACUCUGCUAUUUAGUGCAUACGCUUUAGUGCACAGUGACUGUGAUUUAUCUGGUGCAAAGAGAGAUGUGGACUUUCCUGAUAUUGAAAAAGACGGCGUAGAAUCAUUUCAGCUUUCUGUGGAAUACACUAUUCAAAAUUUACAACAAACGAACUACUACACUGAAUACUACGAUCUUGUUGAGAGACGAGGCAGAAUAGAUGCCCAUCAGGCUGGAAAUAGUUCGUCUUACGUGUACAGGACUCAAACCAACGAAGCCUGGGAAAUAUCAGAGAGAACAUGCAAGCUUAAGAACGCCACAGAUACACCCGAUAUGGAGAGUCAAGACAUGAUAGAUUGGCGGUACAGUGUUGAAGGUGAUGAAGAAAAAAGAACAUUCGGACCUUCCGCCAUGUUCAAGAUUGCAAGAGAUGUUUGGAACAGCACAUCGAGGAAAUCUAAAAUGGCAUACAUGGGUAAAACUGAAUUCACUAUUAGAGGUCUCAAAGCCCAGUAUUGGCGAAGGUGCAGUGGAAGUGACAAUUCUUACGUCGAUUAUUAUUUCACGACUGACGAUGAGCAGGAUCCUCUCGGAACCGAUUUGAAAAGAAUACCCCUUAGGGUGUAUUUCGGUGGCAAGAAAGACGGAAUGGGAGAAGAAACUUCAAUUCAACAAUACGAAAUCAUCACAUUGCAACCUUUCAUCUCGAGGAACGUCUAUCCAUUCCAAUUACCGAAAGGUAUAGGCUGCAAGAGGGGAAACUUACCAGAUCCUCCAACACUGCCAGACUUUGCAGACACUAACCUGCAGUUCGGUGCCGAGGUUAUAUACAGGAAAAUUGACUGGAACAAUGAAGACACUGAAUACUGGAGCUAUUACAGUACUCUUUCAAUGGCUUUUGAUAUUGAAUCUCAACACGCAGCAUACUAUUACUCUCCAUGGAACACCACCAAACUUCAGCCCGGCGAAGAACCAUCAGUCUUAACUUCGGAAUACGUCGUCUAUGAUAUGAAACAUAAAUAUGCCUACAAAACUGAUCUGUCGACAAGUCAAUGUAGCAUCGAAAGAUCAAGUUCCUUCUAUCCUACUUACAAACUCCCGAACAAAGGGGGUGAGUUGAUAUUGACAGACGGUUCCAUUCUCUUUCCCUUGUCAGGAAUGUCUUAUCUGUCUGAGGGAAUUCAGAGAGGCUUAAAAGUUAACGUUUUCGAAGAAAUAAUUGAAAAUUUCGUUAUGAACAAUGUAACAGAAAUCACCGUUCCUAAAGCGAUCAUCACGCACUCUUAUUUAAAAGAUGACGAAGUGGAAAGAAAUUCUGUGUCCGUUAAAAAUGCUUUAGUUCAAAUUCAAGUAAGACUGCUGGGCCGUCAAGAUAAGGUAAUAGAGCUGUUGACAUUCAACUUUUUCAACUUCGACACGGAAGUCAAAAACAGAAGAUUUAUUUUCGAUAUACGACGAUGUUUCAAAAACGAUGAUGAUUACGUAUGGGUUACGAUUGGUUUCAAUGCAGAUGAAGCAAUAUUGGCGAAAAUCAGAGAUAAUGUACCCAGCAUUCAAUCAAAUAUUUUGAAUAGCCUUGACUCGACAUCUGAAUUGAAUCCUGUUAGAGUACCGACCAUUCUAGUGGACAUCAAGGAAGGAUUAUUUGUAACAUUAUUGAUUCUUGGAAAGCCACCAGUUCUGUGGGAUUUCUUGAAACCGGAAAGUGGAAAAACUCUGAAGGGAGCAUCUGAUAUUGAUGGAGUUCAAGAUAAAGAUUCUUGUGCUACAAAGUGUCUGGAAGAGGAAGACAAUUGCUGGGCGUUCUCUGUUUGCGGUGCAGUAUGCUCCUUUGCAACAAACGAUGGGGUUAAAGUGGUGAGUCAGAACGGCUGCGAUCUUUACAGAAGAUUUGACAACAACACUUUCUUGCAAUCCAAAGAACUGAUUGUGCAGAAUAUACGACGGGAAGUAGAAACGAGAGAACUGAAGUUGGUACUGACUGGAUCAGGAGAUGAAUUUAUUCAACUGGAACCAUUUUCCAUAGAAGUGACUGAACCGGGUGAAGAUGAUCGUCUCAUAAACCGAAUCGGAAAUAAACCCAAUCCCAGAAUGCGAGUGGUGAAAGCUGGUGCGAAAUUGAAAGCAACUGCUGGAAAAUCUGUGAAGAACCUCGGAAAUUUGGGUUUUGAUGAAUGCCAAAGAGUGUGCCUGGACUUCAAAGAUUGUGAGACCGCCUCUUAUUGCGUGAAUGGUGGAGAGUGCAUUGUAUCAUCUGAUUUCGGGGAAGACAUCGCCAAAGACAAUAUGGAAGAUAACAAUUUAUGCAUCAUUGUGACUCGAAAAUAUGCCGACCUUUUCAACAGAAGCCCCGGCAAUAUUUUAAGUCUUACAGCUCAAGAAGUAUUGAAACUUGACACAGUAGAAAAAUGCGCAAGAGCUUGUCAUAAAUCCACUAGUUAUCAGUGCCUGUCCUUUGACCACUGUCCUCAAUCGAAGGACGCCCCAUGCAAGCUGCACACAGUACAUUACCCGAAUUCUAAGACUAGAGAAAAUGUCCAAGUUAGAGACACCAACUGCGGCCACUACUUUAGAAAAUUCAGCACUGAAUUCAGGAAGUACCCGAACAAGCGCUACUUAGGAAGUACCAUCCCACCCAUAACCAAUGCCACUCUCGAAGAAUGUUCGAAAGCAUGCAUGGAAUACAAAAAAGGAACAUGUUUUGGAUACGAUUUCUGCCAAGACGUGUCCAUGCUGGCCACCAGCUGCCUCCUUCUGGACAGCGAUCCAGCUAAGAUGAAGGCCAGUUAUUCCGAAGUCUGUACAAAUUUCUUGAGAACUGAAGCCCAGUUUGCCCCAAGGCCCUAUUCAAAUGGUUAUGCUGGCGGGAUAGGUUUCCUGUGUUUCGUCGUUGGUCUAGCGAUAGGUGCUCUGGUUCUUUUUGGUAUAGCCUAUAUGAGAGUCAAUAGGCACUGAACUGUAAUGAUUUGAAGAAGAACGAGAGCUCGAAUAGUUCGAUGCCUCGAAUAUUUCAGUCAAAGACUCUUCAGCUGUACAUAAACUGUAAACUAGUAGUUUAUUUUUGUUCCAUCCUACUUUUGUAUUGUCACUUUUGAAAGAUUUGUGUAACUUGUAAAAGUUUAUAGUUGUGUAACUAAUAAAAUACGUUGUUUAUAUUAUUCAUACU